AUGACUGAUUUAAAUAAUUUUCACAAAAGUGUAAAGCGACAUGUAAAUAGUAAGUGCCAUUUAAGUGCUACAAUUAAAGAAAAAACAUUCGGGGCAUAUCGCAUUGAACAUAGUUUGGACAAUCAUUUAACAAUAAGCCAUAGACUUCACAAUGAAAGCGUUAAGAAAAAUAGGGAUGUGUUAAAACGGUUGAUUGAUGUAACUUGUUUCUUGGGAGAGCAUGAAUUAAGUUUCAGAGGUCAUAAUGAAACAAGUGAAUCGGCUAAUCGAGGAAAUUAUAUAGACCUUUUAAAUUUUUUGGCAAAAUAUGAUGAAACCCUAAAAAAUCAUUUUAUUAAUUCCACAGUUUUCCGAGGUACCUCAAACAGAAUCCAAAACGACUUAAUUAAAUGUACUGCUGACAUUGUAAUGGAUCAUAUUAAAAAUGAGAUAAAAAAAGCUCCAUUUGUUUCAAUUGCACUUGAUGAAACAACAGAUGUAACCAAUUUUUGUCAGUUAUCCAUUGUUGUGCGAUAUGUGGUUGAUUGUAUUCCUCAAGAGAGAUUUUUAGAAUUCGUGAACAUAACUGGCGACCGGACUGCUGAGGCUAUGUUUCAAAUUGUGUGUGAUACUAUUUCUAAGCUAGAAUGUAAUUCCAAGCUUGUCGCUGAGAGCUAUGAUGGUGCUGCAGUAAUGGCUGGUCAGUUAGCAGGAACAGUUUAA